UUUUCAACAUACUAGUAGUCCCUUUAAAAGAAGACGAUGAUGCUUGAUAAAAAGAAUUAUAACCCGGAUUUAAUGAAAGGUUUUCUUGGAAGUUUUGAACUGUGCCAGAAUGUGAGGAAACACCGAAAUAGUAGUUGGAGGGAUGUUGGGGGGAUGGUUUGGAAUAAAAUGUUGAUUGUUUGGAUAAUGUCUACCAAAAUUUGGGAAAUUUUGAUGAUAGUGAAAUUGAUUUGUAGAGGAUGGAGAAAACAUAUUUUGUGAUUGAUAAUGAUGGAAAUUUGGAUUAAAUUGAGG